UGUAUAAAUGACAUUCCGGGCUCAUUUCACUAAUAAUUAUCGGCAGUACAUGAAUGUUCAAACGCCUCCAUAAUCUGCGGAUACCCCUGCACGUUUCGACCGUAUCCUAUCUUUUAUUUCGAAUGCAGAAAGACCUGGGAAGCAGACGGAAGUAAGGCGAACUCUGGUGAACUCUCAACUCUUGCUGUUUCCUUGCGUCUCAGCCCCAGACUGGCAGCUGCUGGAACAGCUGGAACUGAGGAUUUGUUUUGCUUUUUUUCCCCCUUUCAAUCUAAGGCUGGCCCCUAUAUUGGAGUAAAUGCUUCCUAGAAAAGCUUCAUCAUGAUGCUCGCGGCGUCCACGCGCCUCUUGAUGGUUAGAGUAUGGCAGCCUAUGGUCCUCAUCAGGCCAGCCUGGUGCCCUCCAGGAAGGUCUUUCUCUACCCACUUUCCAUUGCCUCAGCUGCCGGUUCCUCCACUGAAACAUACAUUGGAACGCUACCUCCUGGCCCUGCAGCCUCUUGUGACUUCAGAAGAGCUGGAACAGACAAGGGAGAUAGUGAGAGAGUUCAGUAGACCCCAUAGUAUUGGAUUGAAACUCCAGGACAGACUGGAAAGACGAUCGAGAAGGACGGACAACUGGCUUACGGACUGGUGGCUCCAGAAUGCUUGCCUCGAGUGUCGGCUUCCCUUGGCUGUUCAUUCGAACCCAGCUGUAGUUCUGCCCAAACAGGACUACAAUGAUUGGAAAGGACAGCUCAGAUUUGCAGCCAAACUAAUUGCGGGAGUGCUCGACUUCAAGUCUAAGGCUGACAGGAAAAUCCUUGAAACGGAGUAUAUGAGAGGCAAGCCCCUCUGCAUGGAUCUGUACUCCAAAAUCUUGUCAUCUUGUCGCAUCCCAGGGCCCAAACAUGACACUUUGAUAAACUAUGGCUACACGAGAAGCCCACCAGCGCAUGUCACAGUUGUUCGCAACUUCCAGUUCUUUCACCUGGACGUGUACAACAGUGAUGGCUCCCCUCUAACUGUGGAUCAGAUUCACAUGCAGCUGCAGCGAAUCAGGAAUCUGUCAUGGAAAACUGACAAGGAGCCACUGGGUGUGCUCACCAGUGACCAUAGGAACACCUGGGGACAGGCCUAUAAUACCCUCAUGAAAGACAAACUGAACAGAGAAUCAGUACGGGCCAUUCAGAAGAGUAUUUUCACCGUGUGUCUAGAUUCUCCUGUCCUGAAGAUCUCUGAGGAGAAGUACACAAGCCGUAUGGCAGCUCAGAUGCUACAUGGAGGAGGAAGCUAUUCAAACAGUGGCAACCGAUGGUUUGACAAAACUCUGCAGUUCAUUGUUGGUGAGGAUGGAUCCUGUGGUGUUAUAUAUGAACAGUCUUCUGCAGAGGGCCCACCCAUUGCCACCAUAUUGGACCACGUUCUAGAUUAUUGUAAGGACCCAGAUACAGUUCGUGCUCCCAUGAUUCCUCUCCCAUUACCUAAGAAGCUUUACUUUUACAUCACUCCAGAGAUUAAGAGGGACAUUGAGCAUGCCAAACAGAACCUGGACAUUUUAGUAAAUGACUUGGACAUCAGCUGCUUCACCUAUAGGAACUUUGGCAAAGACUUUCCCAAACUACAUGGCGUAAGUCCAGACUGCUUUGUUCAGAUGGCACUACAAUUGGCCUAUUUUAGAAUGUACAAGGAACUAUGUGCCACAUGUGAGAGUGUUUCAAUGAGAAACUUUCACUUAGGACGGACUGAUGUAAUCCGAUCAUCAUCUACAGAUUCCUUGGAGUUUGUGAAAAGUAUGGAUGAUCCAGAAAAGGAGGUUAACCAGAAGAUAGCAGCAUUGCAGAAGGCUGUUGAUUGCCACAGUGCUUAUACAGACAUGGCACUUAAAGGAAUGGCAAUUGACAGGCACUUGCUGGGCUUGAAGCUCCAGGCUAUUGAAGAAGGUCUAAGUGUGCCAGAGAUCUUCAUGGACACAUCUUUUGCUGUGGCAACACACUGGAGGCUCUCAACUGGGCAGGUGGCAGCCAGAGCAGACUGUGUGAUGUGCUUCGGUCCCAUGGUGCCAGAUGGGUAUGGUGUCUGGUACAAUCCCCUGGAAGAUCAUAUCAAUUUCUCAGUCUCUGCCUUCAACUGCUGUGAAGAGACUAACGCAGAAUGGUUUUCAAAAUCUCUGGAGACUGCCCUGUCAGACAUGCAAAACCUCAUUUUACAGACAUCUGGUCAGGCUGCAUAGGGGAUUCCGACAGGAAAAAUCAUUCUCCUGGUGCGAGGAGCACAAUACAUCCUUUAUUAUGAAGACACCUCGAAAACUGAACCAAAUUGUUUGGUUGAGGCAGAUGACUGUUUGAUCCAGAUGUCCCAACAACAGAAUUGUUAGUCGGUACCCAUCAAAAAGCCCAAUUGCAAGAUGCUGGAGGCUGUUUAAGACCAAGAGUAUGCUUUCAGUUCCUGUAUUCAAAGGUCAAGGUUUUUAAUGCCCUUGUUCUCGAAAUGUGUUUGAUGAAACCCAUUUGUAAUCUGUCUGGUAAAAGAAGAUUCAUGUGUCUUGUGUUUACAAUUACAUGUUACAAUGAGGUGUGUUUGUGCAGAUGUAAGAGAUGGGCUUCACUUAUUAUUUCUGUUUGACUCCCUUGCAUAACAUAAUUGAUAACUGAUAUCUUCCCUGAUACAUUAACUGAUUAUAGGUCAAUAUAUGUGUGCAAUAUAAACCUGUUACAGCUUUAUGUCAAAGCCAAUGAUUUUUCUUUUGGCAUCUUUAUGCACAUGUUUUUGCACCACAUGAUUGCCUCUCAUAUCCACAGUCUACAGAUGUGGUACAGUGACGUUCCAAACCAGCACUAUACACUACAAUAUUCUGAGAUCUUGUCAGGUUCCACACAGCACACACAUUUCUGUUCCACCAGCCCUUAGGUCCCUUCAUAUUUCACACUUUGCUUGCAGUAAUGUUUCUGGUUAUUCUGUGUGUUGUAAACCUCUCUGUACUAGGAUCUGAAUUGCCAGUGUCAUUACCUUGGAGCUUGGCCAGCCACUGAGAAUUUCACCCUGGGUAUGCGAGUUAAAUUUGAAGCUCGAUCCCAAAGAAGGUAGUAAGUAGCCACCAUCCCUUAAAAUGGAUUGUUACAAAUUGUUUGCUCAGUAACGGUUUGAAUUUGAAGUAUUUUUCCAUGCAAAUAUUCAAAUACAUUGCCGUAACGGGGCAUGUUUGUUCCUAAUGCCGGCAAGAACCCUGUUCUAUUACUAACGAAAGAUGAUAAGAUGCAACAACAUUUUAAAUAAAUAAUUCUUGCAACUGUG